AUGUCUGCAAUACCUCUGCACCCUUUGAUUGGCCUGUUUGAAAAUCACUUGCCAAUCAGUCAACAUCUUUGGCUACUUAAAGAUGAGGGCCCAAGCUGUGGCUAUUUAAUUAAAGUAAACAAGCAGCUGGUGAGAAAUAGGUACGAGGUGUAUAAGGAAACAGCGGAUUGGUUAUGCGCCCGUACCGACCAGCGUCCCAAGACUGCCAUCAUCUGUGGAUCCGGACUGGGAGGUCUGGCCGACGUGUUGGAUAACAAGACAGUCUUUCCGUAUGAGGACAUCCCUCACUUCCCACGGAGCACAGUUGCAGGGCAUGCUGGCAGAUUGGUGUUUGGGGAGCUGAAUGGACAGCCCUGCGUGUGUAUGCAGGGACGGUUCCACUAUUACGAAGGAUACUCUGUCAGCACGGUCACCUUUCCCAUCAGGGUCUUCUUUCUCCUGGGGGUGGAGAUCUUGAUUGUCACAAACGCGGCUGGGGGCCUGAAUCCCCACUUCCAAGUGGGGGACAUCAUGUUCAUUAGAGAUCACAUCAGCACCUUUGGCUUGGGAGGGCAGAAUCCGCUGCGUGGACCAAACGAUGAGAGGUUUGGAGUGAGGUUUCCCUGCAUGUCAGACGCUUAUGAACAAGAUCUGCUCGGCCUGGCGAUGGAGAGCGCGCAGGAGCUGGGCUUUCUGAACUUCAUCCGAGAAGGAGUGUACUGUCUGCUGCCUGGUCCCUGCUACGAAACCAUUGCCGAGUGCCGCCUGCUGCAGGCGCUGGGAGCGGAUGCUGUGGGCAUGAGCACUGUCCCAGAAGUAAUUGUAGCCAGACAUUGUGGCCUCCGAGUCCUCGGGAUCUCCCUCAUCACCAACAAAGUGGUGACGAGCUACAACAGUCAAGAGAAAGCCAACCACGAGGAAGUGCUGCGCGUCUCGGUGGUCCGGGCUGAAGCCCUGCAGAAACUGGUCACGCAUCUCCUUGGCAAGCUGGGGGAAAGCACAAACUCCCCGUGACCUCCAGCCGUUUAUCAUUUGUAUCACAACGUGUGAAUGCUAACAAGUGCUGGGGGAGAGCUGUUGGUGAGACUGUCCCCUCCUGUUGACCUGAUUUUGAAUAGACUUUUUGAUCUUUGUCCCUGUGCUUUAGCUGGUCAGGUGCAGAGGUUUGCUUUGAAUUUUGCCGGAAUAAUCCCUUUGUUAGUAGCCAGUGACCAAAGCAGCUUUCUGGCACUUAAACAGGGUCUGACCUCUGGCAGAUUUCCAAACCCCUAUGUCAGCAAUGAGCCCCUCGGUGCCGUGGGCUCCAGCUCCCCCUCGUUCUGCUGCAGAGCUUUUCUCGUGGUGCUUCUCGCCUGUGGUGCUGCCUCUCCCAGCGCAGCACCCUCCUGCCCUGAGUCUCCGCUCCCCGGUUCCACUGAGCCCCUACGCCAUGAGCCAGGUCGAGAGCUGGGCACCGGGCUUGGUGCCUGCUGGGCAUGCUUUGGUAGGACCUGAUCUGCAGCCGGUGGAGGUCCACAAAAAGACUCUGAGUUUUGGAUGAGGACCUGGAUAUGUAAAACAGGCUAGACUAAAGAUGAGAUCCAUCUGGAAGAAGCAAUGCUGCAGAGCAGGCAGAUUGAUUUUUUUUUUCUUUU